GUCAUUUAUGGAUGACCCCUUAUGUAUUUUCCCAAAUUAAAAUACCUUACACUCGAUAACUGGGGUCUAACAUCUAUUGAUGACGACCCAUUCCAUGGGCCAACUGAGUUGUUAAAUCUGGUUGUCAGCAACCAGAAUAUUGUAGGUCUCCCCGUUGACGCGCUCCACUCGACAGCUUUAUCCAAAUUAAAAAAGUUAACCUUCUCAAACUGUCACAAUGUAGACACGGUUACUCAAUCAGCAUUUGCGAACCUUGCCGCCAUACAGGAGAUAGACUUAAGUUAUAAUUUUAUACACACUUUAGAUAACGAUUGCUUUAAGGGCAUUGGCGACACUCUGAUCAAACUAAACCUGUUUGGUAAUUCGCUGCUUCCGUCUAAUAGUCCGACACUGGCAGGACUAAAAGGUUUAACUGUGCUCCAAGAGUUGGACAUGUCGCACAAUGAAAACCUUCAAACGCUUCCCAACUUGUCUCAGCUAGGUAACCAACAACCUCUCAAGUUGUACUUAAACAACAACAAAAUUUUAAGUCUUGGCGCCAACAGUGUUGCAGCUAUAGCUACCACACUACAGACUUUAAAUCUUUCAAUGAACCAAAUUCAGUACAUUGACGUGAAUGCUUUUGCUGGGAUAAAAACGCUUCGAGUUUUAGAUCUUUGCAAACAAGACAUAGGAACUCAAGAAAUUUUAACCGUUCCACACUUAAACGAGUCGUCUUCUACAUUAAAGGAGUUGUACCUGUCAGGUCAAGCGGUCAACCCGGACUCUCUGUGGUCGGCCAUUACUGACCUCACACAGCUGACCGUUCUAAGCGUCUCAGCAACAAAACUCAGCACUAUACCAAGCUUUGCAUUGAAGAAACUGACCGCACUAUCUCAACUGGACAUUAGCUUUAACAAAAUAUCCUCACUGACUCCCGACAUGCUCGUUGGUCCACGAAACUCGCUCAAAGUUUUAAACAUAGCCGGCAACCCCAUCACCACUCUGUCAUCUUGUUUGUUCCAUGGCUACACAAGUUUUCCACUGAGCAUCGUUCUAGACUCGCCGCUACAGUGUAACUGCGCCAUACUCUGGUUGUGGGAGCGACUCAAGAACAACACAAUUGUAGUUCCAGCCUCGGCGAAAUGUACAGACAACGUGCCGAUCUCCGACAAAACUCUAGCUGAAAUAUGUCCAGGUCCGUAUACAGAUCCUGUGUGUACUGAAAACUAUCUACCGCCCAUCCUGACAUUCUUAAGACUAGAGGCGAGCCAGAGAAACAUUAUUCUGCAAUGGACGCUGUCGGACAAAAGAGACCUGGUCGACUACAUGCUGCAGUUUGGGCCAGAGUCGGGUGAUGUCACCGCACUAACCACUCCCGACAACCAGUCCUACGUCUUCACGAAUCUCAAGCCAAACACUGCGUACCGCGUAUGUGUGACUGCAAGAUUUCUUCAGCGUUCAUCUGUAGUUACAUGUGAUUCCGUCAGAACAGCCGUAGGCCGUACUUUAAUACCAUUGCGCACCAAGAAAUGUCGGGAUUUCCCGUUUUGACUCUAUCGACCGCACCUGUUGUUUUGAGGCAACUUGACGCAGUUUCUAAAUCUGUACAACGACUUCGGCAAACAAUUCUUUUGGAAGCCUGAACAGCCCAGGACCUCCUAUAUAAAACCACUUCCCUACACAGACCAGGACCGCCUCUGUAUAGCCACUUUACUACACAGACCAGAACCGCCUCUGUACAGUCACUUCUCUAUACAGCCCGGGACCGCCUCUGUUUAGCCACUAUACAGCCCAGAUCCGUCUCUGUAUAGCCACCGCUUCCCUACACAGCCCAGAACCGACUCUGUAUAGCCACUUCUCUACACAGCCCAGAACCGCCUCUGUACAGCCACUUCUCUACACAGCCCAGAACCGCCUCUGUACAGCCACUUCUCUACACAGCCCAGAACCGCCUCUGUACAGCCACUUCUCUACACAGCCCAGGACCGCCUCUGUUUAGCCACUACACAGCCCAGAUCCGUCUCUGUAUAGCCACGCCCCAAAGAGAUUCUAACAUCAGCACCAGUGCCAGAGCCGGAACUUAGACCGUCUGAGUGCCACUGUCAGCAUCUCGUCAGCGUUAGACGAUCAUGUCCAGACUCGUCUUCCUUCUUCUCCUCUGCUUCAUCGGUAUGACGACAGCCGCGGUGACGAAGUUUCAAGGUGAUUGCCUUGGUGACGUCAUGCCCGGCCAGAUCUGGUACUCUCAGGUACCUGAGUGCAUGAAAUGUGAAUGUGGAGCAGGGGAGUACACAUGCUUCAGCUGUACCCCAGCUUACAUCCCACUAUACUGUAUAGCGAUAUACAACACAACAGCCCACUACCCCGAGUGCUGUGACCCACUUGUCGCCUGUGAAUGAUACAAAAGGACCUCCAACAAGAAUUGUUUGCCGA